AAUCAAAUGGUUUCUAUUUAUAAUAAGCAAUUAAAAAAAGGCGAUGUUAAUUUAAAAGUAUCGCAGUAUACAAAAGAUAAGUCUUGGAAGUGUCGUAUUAAUGGGAAUGAUAUUCAAAUUCUAAUUUAUAGCAUCACAACAUCUUUUGUAAAAGCCCUCUCAAGGCAAACACAAAGAAGGCCAAAAAAAUCGAAGAAAAACGACUCUCUAGUUUUCCUCAUUCAAAGUAAGCCCCAAGAACGUGUUAUGGCCCUCACCACUGGUAAUGCGUGGCAGGUUGUGUUAAAAUUUUGCAACUAUUCUUUUCCCAUCAAAGUAACUGAAAAGGUUGGUGACCCCAGAAAAGUUAUCUGUCUCGAAAAGAGAAUGAUAUUCGGGUCAAACAUUAAAGAAAAAGUAACAAAAGGACCUCAACGCAGUAAACUUACACCACUUAAAACCACAGAUUUGUAUUACCGUGUAGAAAAUUUAAAAUGUGACUUGAAGGACGAUUCAUCUUUAUUUCAAAAAAUCAGUUGUUUAAUUAAGAAGACCAAUGAAAGUGAAAGAGGCAGUGAAAGUGAAAAUGAGAACGAAGACAUCGAUGAAAAUGAAGAUGAUAAUGAAAAUGAAUACAAAAAUGGAGAUGAAGAUAUUGCAUUAAGUGGUAAGAAAAGGAAAAGAGAAAGAAAAAUAUACCGAAUUUGGAUUGAAGUCACAAAAAAGGGAUUAAGGAUAGGAAGAAAACUUCCACUCUUGAUAUAUCCUAAUCUUUUUGAUUUAUUUGCGAAUUAUGUGGAAAACAUGCCCACUUUCAAUAUGGAAGGCACUAAAGAGACUGCUGAUCCUAUGUUUGCAUUUUUGAAAUUCUUCCAACCAUCUCCAGUUCUAAAGAAAAUACUAGAUGAAGAAUUGAUAGAUUUCAUGUUCGAACGAUGUUUGCACGGAGAAACGCCUGGUUUUGAUGUGAGGCACCCUCAUUGUGAAGAUUAUCUUCUUUCAAAUCUUUUCAAAAUCAAAAUUGGCGAUAAGUUCAAGAGGUUUGGAUCUAUGCCUCCUGAAAUAGGAGAUAUAAUAGAAAUGACUGUCAACAAAAAUAUUGAAGAGAUAGUGCUAAGUGACAAAGAAAAGUUUAAGAAAGGAUUGCUUGAAGGGCAACUUAAAUUCGAGUUGUACAAUUGUCCGGACAAAAAACCCAAAGAACUUAUAAUUGAUUGCAUUGAAGGGCAGCUUCACUUUGAAAAGGCCUUCCAUUGUAAAAUUGGAAAAAUGUGGUAUAUUCUUAAUGAGGAGUAUUUGUCUACUUUAAAUGAAGAUUUUCAGAGACUGUUAAAAGAGGCACUAAUUGCAGAAAAAUCGGAGUGGUGGUUGCACAAACGUUGGAAAGAUACGGAAACUCUAAAAGCAGAGGACAAAGAAAGGAUGAAGACUGAAGACAGAAGCAAUGGAGAAUCAAAAAAGGAGAAGAAACGUGAGGAAGAGGGAAUAUACAAUCGAUCUUAUCUGUAUGAAAAAGGAUUUAUUGUCUUGGACACAAUUCUUCCACUUGGCAUUGAAUCCUGUGAUCUCAUUAAGUAUGAUGAUAAUUCAGUGUAUCUAUACCAUGUCAAGAAGACUUUAGGACAGUCCACACGUGAGGCUUGCUCGCAAAUUUUGAAUGCGGCUGAGAUGAUUCGUGGAGCUAUCACACUUUCUCAAGGAUCUGAGUCCAGCAAUUACUUAGAACGACUAUGGCGAAAAAUCACUGAGUAUAAUGGUGAUGAAGAAUGGAAGAAGGUUGUGGCAGAGCAGUCUCAUAGGGUCACUGUAAUGCUGUGGCAAACAUUGACUAAGUGCUAAGAACAUGUGCUGGCCGAGGAACUAGCUACAAAUUCUUAAUGCAUUAUUAAUCUACUCCAUCGUUCCAUAUCUGCAUUAUCAUCUCUGCACCAUAUUUUCUUCAAAAACACAUCUGUAUGGAAUUUCAAAUCAUACACUACGUCGUUUAUUUCUUCUAGUGCUUCAUCCGAAGGAUUUGUAUUACAUAUUUUUGGAGCAUUGUGGUGGUGGACUGUCUUUAAAGCCUUUGAACAAAACCCGAAAUUACUAUUUAUAAUUUGGAUUUCUGCCCUGAUCAUGGAUUUAUGGCUGUCCAAAACACGUGCUUGGAGACUUGCAGUAGUGAGUAGGAGGCAUCCAGAAAAUCGAUGGAGGUCGGAUAGAAUUUUCAAUGAAAUCAUCCUAACCAAUCCAAUUUGGCGGCUGGAUAUAGGCAGACAUGCUUGAACUUCUGCAUUUAAGCGUUCAUGGAGUGUUGUGGAUCGUGCUGUGGACCUCUAUUAGAAAAGUAUAAAAUUACCCUAAUGACUCUUCUUCAUUGGGAAGAAAGUGCCUUUUUAAUUCAGAACAUUCCUCUACUUAUCUUGAAACUGCCUUAAUUGUGCCAUCAAAUUAAAAUUUGAUGGCACAAACUUUAUUGGGAAGAAAGUGCCUUUCUAAUUCAGAACAUUCCUCUACUUAUCUUGAAACUGCCUUAAUUCUUAAUUUGAUUGCACAAACAUCCCAAAGUUUUUAUCCUUCUCUAUUAAUUUUAUUUUAUGAUUAUUUGAUUGUUAAAUUUCUUUUAGUUUAUCUGAAGAAGUGCUGAGUGACAAGAAUUUUUUUCAGAGGAAACAAUUAAAAUUUUUGCGUAUCCUAA